AUGCCAGAAAUUUUCGACGAUAAAUCAGAACAUUGCAUCCCCUUCCUUUUGGAGCGGUUGAAGCACCAUCAAGCCCGGUAUGCGAAUGAUGCCGACGCCCCGCCGUUUUUCCUGGGAUUAAACGGCGUACAAGGAGUUGGAAAGACUGUACUGGUAUCAGCACUACAAAAGACCCUUCGAUCCCCGCCUUAUUCCCUCCCCACAGUCACCCUCUCCCUCGACGACAUAUAUCUCACACACGUAGACCAAGUAGCGCUCGCAAACUCUCACCCGGAUAACCCCCUUGUCCAACACCGCGGCCAACCAUCAACCCACGACUUAACCCUCGGCCGAAAAGUCUUCGACUCCCUCCGCGCCAAUCAACCAACCGCCAUUCCGCAAUACGACAAAUCCGCUUUUGCGGGCCAAGGGGAUCGAGUGCCCGAGUCUCAAUGGGAGGCAGUCAAUAAAGACGGGGGGGAGAAAAUCAAAGCAGUUAUCUUUGAGGGGUGGUGUGUUGGAUUUCGGCCCUUGGAUGAUGAGACGCUGAGACGGAAAUGGGAGGAUGCUGUGAAGAAGAGGGAGGAUCCAACAAGCAACUAUGAUGGACGUCUGGGGUUUGUUAAGUUUGAGGACGUUAAGGCCAUUAAUGAUGCGUUGAAGGAAUAUGAUGUUUUGACGAAUCAACUUGAUGCUUUCAUACACAUUGACGCGCAAAACUUGCGCUACGUCUAUGACUGGCGACAAGAACAGGAGAGGACUCUAAUAGCUGCCAAAGGCACCGGCAUGACCGAAGAACAAGUUAAUCACUUCGUCGACGGAUAUUAUCCCUCGUAUGAAUUAUUCACUGAUGCUCUGCGCAGCGGUGUCUUUCGGCCGACAGACGACGCUGAAGCCCAUACAGAUUGGCGGAAUAGACAGCUCAGGUUAGUUGUGAAUAGGAACAGGAGGGUUGAAGAGGUUAUUCGUAUAUAGAUGCUUUGAGCUUCGUGAGGCCUCAAUAAAAGUUGUUAAAAGAUAAAUUACCAGGCAGAAGGCAUCUAAUAGGACAAUUAUGGGUUGAUUGAAUAUGUUUGGUCCGGAUUAACCUUGGAUAGACUAGGCUACCUAUGAAUCGACAAUCAUAAACGCUAAUGAACUGCAGUCCCUAUACAAACAAACAACCCAUAAAAGAAAGAACAUCCCUUGAAAUUGGAAAUCAAUAACAAAGACUUUUUGGCUUUUUAGUUCAUCUGGCGAACGAGCGCGUUGAUGUUCUCCUCGCGGUUACCAGUGUCACCACCCUCAAUGAAGUGGUUGAACUUGCGGGAAUGGAAACCGCCAGUAGGGUUGGAGAGUUUGAAGGGCCAAAGGAAGUUAGAGGCCUGCUUGAAGUUGGGGCCAACAGUGUAGAUCUCGUGGAUGAGAUCCUCGACGCAGACAAUGCCGUACUUGCCAAGGUUCUCCUCGAUGAUCUGGUUGUCGGAGAGGGGGAGACGCUGGCCGUUGACCUUGCCGUAACCACGCUUGUAGAUGAGCUCGCGGACGGUCUUAAGGUUGGGGUAACCGUAGGCAAUGUAGGGGUUGAUGAUGGUGAGCAUCUCAGAGGUAGCCUUGUUCAAGCGAACGAAGACACCGUUGUUGAUCUGGAGGAGACGCAACAAUUGCAAGAUCUUGCGAGGCUUGGGGGG